AUGCCAGCAGCCAGAGUAGAGGUCAUACCUUUCGGUGAUAUAGCCAGCCUAUAUAUAGACGGAGUCUCCAAUCCGUCUUUGUUCAUGAACAAGUGUGGUAUCUUUCAAAAGCUAAAACAGAUGCCUCUCAGCAUCAAUGGCUUCUCAACGAAUACGAAGAGUGCCUUUCAGCUCGCUUUCGAUGUCUGUCUUGGACCAUAUAGUCGCCAAAAAAGAGGCCCAUUGAAUAAAGUGAAGACGGUGGUUAUUCUCAUCAUAGUUAAUUGAGUGGAAUGGUUAUGAAACCCGUCAGACUCCUUUGUUAUAUGUUUUUGUGGACCUGAAAGUGCACAACGUUCAAAAGAAUUCCAAUCAUUUUGAUUGUAUUGACCAAUAAAAACGUUGCAUUAAUUUAUUCCGUAACAAUUUGCCAACAGAAAACAAAGGAUUGUGCACUUUCACGGUGCUUUGAACAUAAACUGCAGCACUGUUGUUUUUAUCAUUGAUGUUUGCCGCUUUUCAUAACCAGUCUCCUCUAGUAACUAUGUUCUCAUCACAGACGGAAGGUGGAAUCAAGGCUCCAGCCCCGUUCCCAUCGCAAAAAUGCUGCAUGCAGCAAAUAUAGAGGUCUUUGCAAUUGGUGUGGGAAACGUAAUUACGCCUGAUACACUUCAAGAGGUGGUUAGAGAUCCAGCAAAACAAGCAUUUCAUUUGAAAGACUUUGCGGAAUUUGAUGAGCUGUCGCUCUACGUUAGAGGAGGUAAGUGAACAAAAUAUUUUAAUCAUAUUCAGACUGGGUGUCUUUUGAGGUCCCCCAAAAGUUUCAAAUUGAAUCACUUCAAAAGCUAUGACUUUUCCCAAAUGAUGUCAGGUAAAGUUUAGUAUAGUAGUCGUUACGUGUCCUUCAACAUUGACGUUACCAUGGCAACCGAGUUUUGACAACCAUAUUCAUCCUUUUUUAUGUCUGUGAUUUUGCUAAAAGGUACCCGUCAAGUUUUCGCUUGAACACGGGCAAGGCCCGUGUUUAAGCCGGUGUAGCCGAAAAAAAAAAAAAAACAGGAGGCUUGCUGUCUUGCUAGGUGUCAUCAGAGAGCCCAGGCCCAGGCCUAUCUGUGGGUGGGUGACUGACUUGUUUUGUGUGAAAACCAGGGGGGUAGAGAGGGCAGAUCAUUUGUAACUUUGAUUAGAGUUUUAUUUCAGAAAGCAGUGCAAAGUCAGAGAAUUUUUCCUGUGGGCUAUCCCAGCCAAAUCAAUGCUGUGACUCAUAAUCAUAACACUACUAGCAGAGCUUGGGGGAGGUGAUUGACUAGUCAUAAGCUUCAUGGGUGGGGAGGGUGGGUAGUUGCUCCUUGGACUUGGCUGUCUAAAGACUCACUACGGGCACAUUGUAUGAAAUCCACACAGAUGUAAAAACGUCUUAUUCCAACUGGUGGUCUAUUAUCAAUGCUGCGUUCUGAUUGAUUGAGCUACUACUAGGCUAUAUCUUAUAGUCCACUAGCAGCGUAAAGCGCGAGCUUUUUGGCGGCAAAAGAGGAUUAAAGUCUAGCUUUAACUAGCUAAAAUUUUUUUAUUCUCGAUUUUUUUGACCAACUACUUGGAUUUUACUAAAACAAUUAUUCCUCUCGCCCUUAUGGCCUCUGAGUCAAUAGCCUCAUUGGCUAUUGACUCAGAGCCCAUUCGGGCUCGUGGAAUAAUUGUUAAUUAUAUCUUUCACUUAAUGAAGUAUUAUGUAAACUGCCAACACUCGACUGUGUUUAAUAUUACUUGUGGCGUUCCUUAGGAGUCAGGGCUAGUCGCUACAUUGUUAACCAUGAACAAGAAUAUUACCAUGUUACCAUUUAUACACAAUCCAUCUGCGGGUUGAAAUCUUGUGCAUACACAUAAAACUAUAAAGUUUGACGCGAAAGGGAGAACGACUCGCUAUAAGGUAUAUCCAACUCAGCUGAAAAUGCCAAAAAGAGUGGAAAAUUUGCAUCUCCUCAAAUCACAGUCCUUAUUUUCCGAAGCUUGAUUUUCCAACCGGAAUUUCCGGUUUUCCCAAGUUAAUGAUAUAAAGUAUCUUUAGUCUCCUACGCAACCGUUUUUUGUGUCACGUUGCGUGACGACACUGCGUAGGAGACUAGCUAGAUAGAAAAUAUUUUGGUUUUAUUUUUUCUAGACCCACUAGAAGAUUACGUGAAGUGCUACUGGUGCAUCGAAGGACAAUGCUAG